AUGCUGCGAUUCCAGAUCAGGGGACCGUCAACCACGGCGACGCCGCGUCUCGACGUUAAGGUGGGCACGCUGUCGCUCAUCCCGUCGCUCACCCUGUCGCUCACGCCGUCGCUCACCCUGUCGCUCACCCGUCGUUCCUCCCAUCAGGCAUGCGACGGCGACGACAGUGAUGACGUGGACACGAGCGCCUUCUGCUCUUCCGGCAACGGCGCGCUUCACCGCGUGUUCGGCUCGGCCGCGGCGACUGCUGACGUGUCACUCGUGGACGCAUUGGACGAGCGUAACGGCGGCCCGGAGGAGCGGUUCGGCGUGAACGGGCGGCGAUUAAAGUUCAAAGUGGGCGGCUCGGAGGAAGCUUCGUCGGAGCUUCUUGAGGCAGCCGGGUCGGCGGCUAAGGAGGUUGAGAAGGGGGUAGAGGCGGUGGGGUCGGCGGCGCUUAAAGCGCAGGAGACGGAGAGAGCAGUGGAGAGCGAGGAAGAGACGAAACGAAAGAUGAGAAUAUCACAUGGCCGCAUCAUCUCAGUUUUGUUAUUCGUCGCCCUCCUCUCAACGCUCCUCCUCGUCGAUUCCUUCAUCUGGCGCCUCAUCCGCCGCCCCCUCGCCGCCUUCUUCCUCACCAUCCCCUUCCUCGCUGCCGCCGCCACGUCAGCAUACGCCGGCGCCAUCGCCAUCCCGUUUCUCCGCUCGCUUAAAGCCCAGCAGGUGGUGCGAGAGGAGGGCCCGGCCACGCAUGUGACUAAAGCGGGGACGCCCACUAUGGGGGGCCUGUUCUUCGUGCCGCUGGGUGUGCUUGUAGCGAGGGUGGCGACUGGGAGUCCGCCUGAGCUGGCAGGGGUGACAGCGGCAACGGGGGCGAUGCUGCUGGUGGGGGCGGUGGACGAUGGGCUGUCUCUGGCUAAGAAGCAUAACUAUGGCCUCACGCCGAUGGCGAAGCUUGGGCUACAGGUAAGAAAGAGCAAGUGUAGGAGGGAGGGAGAAGAGAAGGGUUGUGGUGGCGAUGGUGGCGGGUGGGAGCGGUGGACGAUGGCCAUGGGAGCGUUUGGAGCAGCGAUGGCGGGGGCGUGCAUGGGGUUCCUAGCGCACAACCGACACAAGGCGGCGGUGUUCAUGGGGGACACGGGCUCCCUGGCUCUCGGGGCGGGCCUGACUACCACUCUCCACCCCUCUCCACCACUCUCAUGCCCUCCCCUUCCCUCCCCACCAGCCAUGGGAGCGUUCGGGGCAGCGAUGGCGGGGGCGUGCAUGGGGUUUCUAGCGCACAACCGGCACAAGGCGGCGGUCUUCAUGGGGGACACGGGCUCCCUGGCUCUCGGGGCGGCACUCGCUGCAAUGGCUGCCACCACUGGCCUCUUCUUCCCCCUCCUCAUCGCCUCGGCUGUUUUCUUCCUCGAGGCCGUCUCGGUCAUGCUACAGGUAAGCCCCCUCACUACCGCUCUCUCCCACUCUCUACUACUCUCCACCACUCGAUACCACUCGCUGCCCUAG